UGCUACCGGCUUUUAAUGAUCAAACGAACAGAAAUUUUUGCUUAUAUUUCACGACGUUUUCGUAUUAAAAAUAUUAUAUUUCAGCAUUUCAGUGAUUGUUUUACAAUAAUAAUUAGAUAAAUAAUAAUUCUAUAAAGUGUUCAUAAACCGUUUAUUUAGUGUCACAAUAAAUAUGAAAUAAUUCUGUUAUAUUUCGAUCGGAAAAUACCACACAAAAAUAGUGUAACAUAACCUAUAAAAGUCGAAUUAGAAGUGCGCAAAUAAAAUAAAUAAUGAAUCAAGAAAAAACAUCAUUUUUAUUACAAAAACAAGUUCGCGAUAAUUCUGAAGAUUUACAAAAAGAAUUAUUGGAUUUAAAAAAUUGGGAAAAAGAAAUGAAGCGUAAAGAGGAGGAAUUAUUAAAUUCUAAUAGUGAGAAGAUCAGAGAUCUGCCUCCUAUUAGAAAUAACAAGAAGAAGAAAAUAAUUGAAACUUCACCUCCGAUUCCAAGUACAAGUAAAGCAUCAGUUCCUGAACGCAUUAAAUCAUUUGAUUACGAUUCCUGGAAUCAAUUUGAUGCGGAUGCAGCCUGCAGGAAAAUGGACGAAGAAAGUAAUAGUGACGAAGAGACUGAAAAUAUAAUUGAGAGCGCAGGGAAAAAGCACUCUGAAGCUGUAAAAUUCAAAGUUCAGGGCAAUAAUUUCUUCCAAAAGAAACAAUAUGAUUUGGCUAUUAAUAGUUACAAUGAAGCAAUCAAAAUCUAUCCUUUUGAUGAAAUAUUCUAUGCCAAUCGUGCCUUGUGUUACUUAAAACAAUCAAAUUUCUAUUCGGCCGAAGCAGAUUGUACAGCAGCUUUACAAAUAGAUGACAAUUACGUGAAAGCUUAUCAUAGACGAGCUUUGGCUCGAAUCGAAUUAGAAGAUUACGAUGCAGCUAAAAAGGAUAUCGAACGAGUAUUAAAUUUGGAGCCGUCCAAUAAAGAAGCAAUGGCAAUGCUUAAAAAUGUUAAUAAAAAACUGGAAAAAUAUCAACCACUCAAGAUUUCCGAAGUAUUUGACGAUACACCAAUUGAGAAGAAAAUUGGCGAAAAAAUGUGUAAAUCAUCAUCGAAAUUAACGAAAGAAUCAAAAGUCAAUAAGCAAUCGACGCAAAAUUUGAAAACACAAAAAUCAACUAAAUUAAAAAUAACGGAAAUUUCCGAUGAAACGAACAACGAAAAAGACGAAGGUGAAAAAUUGAAAAAUACAAAAUCCGAUAAAUUAAGUAUCGAAAUUCUUGAACAACAACCAAUUGUGAAAAAUUUACCCGAUUGGUUACCGAAAUUGGAGGAAAAUUACAGUAUUGUUGAACCUAUCGAAUUGCCUCCUCAUCAACGAUCAAAGGAACCAAUGAAGAAAAUAGUUAUUAAAAAAGUUCAUUUUGGAGAAGAUAUUUUACCAAAAUAUGACAAUGAAACUAAAUGUGACGAUAUUAAAAAUAUCGCCAGCAAAGAGAAAAAGAAUACUAAAAUUAAAGAAAUUAAUGUCGUCACUAAUUUAGAAAAGAGUCCCAAGAAAACCAAAAAAGAAGAAAGUAAAAUUGAAGAAAUUAAUGUCGUCACUAAUUUAGAAAAGAGUCCCAAGAAAACAAAAAAAGAAGAAAGUAAAAUUGAAGAAAUUAAUGUCGUCACUAAUUUAGAAAAGAGUCCCAAGAAAACAAAAAAAGAAGAAAGUAAAAUUGAAGAAAUUAAUGUCGUCACUAAUUUAGAAAAGAGUUCCAAGAAAACAAAAAAAGAAGAAAGUAAAAUUGAAGAAAUUAAUGUCGUCACUAAUUUAGAAAAGAGUCCCAAGAAAACAAAAAAAGAAGAAAGUAAAAUUGAAGAAAUUAAUGUCGUCACUAAUUUAGAAAAGAGUCCCAAGAAAACAAAAAAAGAAGAAAGUAAAAUUGAAGAAAUUAAUGUCGUCACUAAUUUAGAAAAGAGUCCCAGGAAAACAAAAAAAGAAAAAAUUAAAAUUGAAAUCGAACAAAUUAACGAUUUUACUAAAACAAAUAAUGCCGAGAAUGAUGUGAUAAAUAAACCAAAGACUCUACUAAUAGAAAAUGUAAGAAACAAAAAUUUUCCGCCACCUCCAAAAACAGCUGUUCAAUUUUUCACCGAAUGGAAGAGAAAUAAAUCCCCGGAAUUCAGAGCUUUUUAUCUAAAACAAAUUCGACCGAACACGAUACCGACAUUAUUCAAAGACUCAAUGGAGUCGAGUGUUCUCGAAGAAAUUAUUACGAUAAUAAGAGAUAAAUUUACUUCAACUGAGUUAAAUAUUUUCAUCAUUUUCGAGUAUUUGGAUGAAUUGAGCAAUAUUAAGAGGUUCAGAUCCCUUAUUAUGUUUAUUGAAAGAAAAACUAAAGAAGUUUUGAGAGAGUUACUCGAGCACUGUAAAAAAUUUGAGGAUAAAUCAGAGCAAGAAAUUGACAGACUUCGUGAAAAAUACGAGUUGUGAUUAAAAUGAAAAUAAGAAAAAAAAAUGUUUUUUUUAACUAUUUUGUAUUAAAUACGUUUCAGUAAUGUUUAAGUUUCCAAAGGUGAUAAAAAGAGUCGUUCCUCUCUAGAAUAUAUCUUUUUUGUAUUAAAAA